AUGACGUAUGCACCUGUUGACAAGCUUGGAAAACUCGAUAAGCAUGGAUUGAUUCCUUGUGAUAGGAUUGCCCCCGUCCGCACACAAAAGUGCAGAAGCUGGUUACGUUUAAGCCUCGAGAAAUCUUUUGUCGAUACUAAGAAUGGCGCUUCCGUGACCUUUGGUGGGGACGAAUGCGAUCAGUAG